CAGCAACGAGCGAUCUUGUGGUGUUUUUCCCGCUGUGUCCGCGCCGUUUUUGCUCGCCUGUCUGCCCCCGCAGCUCGUGCAUCGCGAAUCGAAAAAUGUUUAUGCGCUCCGCCAGCACCAUUCACGCAUCGUACCGUAAAUGUCAAGUGGCGAACGCGCUCCUCAGUCGCAGCAUACGUGGUAAAAGAGGCUCGCAGUGGUGCAACAAUCGCGCGCCGCCGUCGUCUUGAUCGUGCGUGCACACUAGAAUUAUUAGCGAAUUUCGAUCGCGCGCGCCCGCACGAUCGACACACGUGAUACGUAGUUUCUAGGCAUAUUUCGAGGACGACGUCCCGGUUCAGGUUCAGACAGCGUCGAGCAGCCGCCAGCAUCAUGCCGAAGUGGAAGCGAAAGGGAAAGUAUGACCGUAAUGGUUCCGGUCAAACAUCGGAAGAGGACGACUGCAAUGAUAACGCAAGCGUAUUCAGUAUGGGUUCCGAAGUACGCAGCAAUGAUGGAGAUAAUGAAGAAGAAGAGCAGUCACAGCAGGAAGCGUACGAAGAACGCAUCGCUGAAGCGCUCGACGGUCUCUCGCAAAAAUCAGCGCAAGGCCGCACCAAUUGCUACGAAGGAUUGUGCAAGGCGUUCCAGAAAAAAUACAUCCCUGACUUUGUCGAGGAACGCAAAAUGACUGUAUGUGACGGCGUUGAGAGAGGUUAAAAGGGUCGUGGCGCUGAGCAGGCUGCGGCUGCGCAGUUAGCAUCUUUGCUAUGCGUACAACUUGGCGCUGGUGAUAGCAGCGAGGAGGUGUGCAAAAGUCUCAAGCCAAUUUUACUUGUAAUUGCGAACGACAACUCUAUGCAACCCACAGUACGCGCCAAGUGUUGCAGUGCUCUGGGAUUGAUAACUUUCCUCUCCGGCGGUGAAAUGGGCGAUGUUUUGGACAUCAUGAAACAAAUGGAGCAUAUUUUCUCCGGUAGUUAUCUUCGAGGCGGUGGAACUGUACCGAAUGUCUCGGUAGACAUUGGAAUGCUUCACGCUGCAGCCCUAAACGCAUGGGGGCUGCUUUUCACGCUCAUGUCUCCCGGUGAUGUUUAUUCAAUGCUUGGUAGUGGCGUGGGUUCAUUCUCGCCGUCGAUUGAACAGUUGUCGGACAUGUUGACGUCGCCGCAUUUGGAUGUGCGCAUGGCCGCAGGUGAAGCGCUGGCGCUUGUGUUUGAAUUGGGUCGGUCAUGUCGCGAUGACUUUGCUGAAAAUUAUAUAGAUGAAUUAGUAGAUGCGCUGCAUCAAUUGGCCACGGAUUCUAAUAAACACCGCGCGAAAAAGGACCGGAAAGCUCAACGUGCUACUUUCAGGGAUAUUCUCAACUAUAUUGAGAAUGAUCAGUUUUCGGAAGAACGCGUGAAAUUCCAAAAGGAAGUUCUUUAUCUAGAUAGUUGGUGCCGUCAUAAGCAGUAUGAUGCGUUGUGCAAUAGUUUAGGUUCAGGUUUGAACACGCACUUGGCCGAGAAUGAAUUGCUGCGCGAUAUUUUCGAGCUGGGAGAUAAAGUCGUCAUCGGCGAGGUGCCCACUUCAAAAACGUCAAAAUUAGAACGCAAUUUGGUGAAUGCUGCGGCGUUUAAGGCGAGGACGAUAUCCAGAGGGAAGAAUCGUGACAAACGUUGCGAUUUCUGAGGCACGACACGACAACCAAAUUUAGGCAGUAAUAUAAUAUCACGAAAAGUGAUGUGAUCACUUUAUUGAUUAUUAUACAUGUGUACUUCAUUCUCCGGAUAGUUGUAUUUACAUGAAUCCUUCACUUUACUUGCGUUCUUUUUAUGUUUCUUGACGUUUCUCUUAUUUAAAUGACGUUGAAACUUACUCUAUCACUGCUGAUAUGUGACUUGAACACAUACGAAACUAAUGCGUGUAUUAAUUAGUUCGUUGUGAUGAUGUAAAAAUGUAUAUAAUACAUGACGCACCUAAUGCUAGUUGUAAGAAGUAGAUUCAAUUCGACACUGUUUGCGAUUUGAUGUUUGUAAUCAAGUUUUAGGCGUAAUUUAGUUGUCUUUGGCUAAGUAUUUGAAUAAUUAUGUAGAACGUUUAGAAGUUUAAAUUUGUUUGAGGGACGAAUGUUUGAAUUGACGUCUACUUCGAUUGGCAAAUACAUGCAUACUAAUGAA